CGCGGCCGCGUACUGCACGCCUCAACAUCGCCGCAAGUUCCCCCAACAUCGCACGUUCGCAAUGGCGGAAGUAUCGGUAUCACAUGACGAAUGUGGCAAGGGUGGCGGCGUCUUCAGCCACCCGCUCGCGUUCGCUUGCAACGCGAACGGCAGCCAACGGCCAAGGAAGCUUUCGUACGCCCAUCUCAUCAACCCUGAACCGCGCCGCUUGGCUUAUAUUCUCGUUGCUGCGCCUUUUCUUCAGGCUCUACGACCUUCUUUCACGCUGUUCAUCCACCUCCUCGACCGCUUCAUCCUCAGGCUCGACGUCCAGCUCGUGUACGAGCUUCAGCUCCGUUCCGUCUCCUAGACUGUCCAGCACGUCUAUAUCAGCAUCUACGACCCCAGAGGCACCUCGCUAUCCCCAGAUAUCUCCGCAGCCACCCACCGCGGGAUGGCUGACGACCUGUGCGCCAAACCGCCUUUCGUAUGGGACUGGGACAUCGAGCACGCCGACCGUAAGGCUGAGACGAAAGCCGACGCCGCAGUGCAUGGGGCACCACCAUUCCAGGUCGACCGCAAGCUCUUGAAGGACAUUGUUCACGAGAAGAUGGGUGAGAAUGUCGUGAGGAUCAAGUUCCUCGGUGCGGGCACUUUCCACAAGGCGUACUCAAUCACGCUCGCGAGCGGAAAGGAGGUCAUAGCGCGCGUCGCGCGGCGCUUUAUGCCGCGACUCAAGACCGAGUCCGAAAUUGCGACGAUGCAAUACCUGCGUGAGCGCACGAACGUGCCGGUGCCGGAUGUCUACCACUACGAUGCAAAUCCGUACAACCGCCUUGGAGGCGAGUACAUCAUCAUGUCUAAGGCACCAGGCAUCCCAUUAUCCAAGGUGUUCCACUCUCUGUCGCAUGAGCAGCUCGUGGUGCUGAUGGAGAACGUCGUCGCGCUCAUCAUCCCACUGUUCGCUCACCGCUUCCCCGGAAUCGGCUCGCUGUACGCCGGACCUGACCCCGACGCUGGCCCUGCCACAGCCGUCCCGACGUGCUUCUCGUCCGCUGCGCCGACGCCGACAGUGGCGUUCUACCAGCCUGCCAUCACACGGGCGCCGCUGUCGACUGCCGGCUCGACUGCGACUGCGACACCAUCGGAUGCAUCGACGUCGACGCGCUCGCAGUUCCACGUCGGACCGAUCGUCUCCUGGCCGUUCUUCGGCUCGCACCGAGGCGAGCUCGCACACCCGUCCGAGAUGGACCGUGGACCGUGGGCGACGACAGAUUCGUACCUGAAGGCGUGUGCGGCGCGCGAGGUCGUGGGUGUGCGGCGCGAGAACGAUGGCAAGGCGGCGCCGCACCGGCUGCAUCUCGACCCUGGCGAGGUCGACGCGAGCCGGCACCACCACGUCGAGGCGUUGCCUGGAGAUGAGAGCGACACGAGCGAGGAAUGGGACUGGGACGAGAGCGAGGACGAGUGGGAGGGCCCCGGGGACAAUAUGUAUCGGGAUUACAGGAGGAUGCAGCGGUCGACGUUCUUGGUCGCGCAUCUGAAGGAACGGGAGGAGAAGGUGAGGAGGGAGAUGGAGCGGGUGGUGCGGAUGAUGGAGAGGCUGCGAGUGCCGGUGCCCGGGAGCGAGAAGCAGGAGGGCGACGGCGGUGGCGGCGGCGGCGCGGAGGAGUUCGGCCUGGACUGCCAUGACCUGAGUCUCGAGAACGUCUUCGUGGACGAGCGUGAUCACGCCAAGAUCACGUGCAUCAUCGACUGGGAGUCGACGACGACGCGGCCGCUCUGGGCGUGCGCACACGUGCCGACGUUCAUGCAGUCCUCGCCGUUCACGUCCAAGCUCUUCCGCGCGAUGGUAGAGCGCCUCGCCUCGCGUCCUGCAUCGUCCGCGCUGCCGAUUGUGAUUCCGUCGUUCGCAGAUGGGCAUCCGACGCCUGUCGACAUCGUGCACGCGGCGGAGGAGUGGCUGCACCAUGAAGCUGCGGGCGCGCGGCUGCGGAUGGCGCACCGGUGCAUCGAGUGGGAUGGGUGGGAGGAGGGCCUGGUGGACAGCAUCCUGGGCCCGGAGGAGGAAGAGGAGGAAUGGUUCAAGAGCUGGGAGUGCGGGCAGAGUGGGGUGCACACGCCUGAGGCGGUACCCGUGGAGGUGUACGGUGAAGGGGAGGCGGAGGGAGGGAGCGACGACAGCGGGAGCCCGACGCUGGUGGACGCGGCGUCGAGCGACGGGGAGCGCAAGGCGGAGGGCAACGCGAAGGCGGAGACGAGCGCAACCGGGAAGGCGGGCGGGAAGGGCGCGGUGAAGGUGCCGAUGGCGAAGAAGGUGGUGCAAUGCGAGAAGGAGAAGGAGAAGCUGCUGAAGGAGACGGGCGACUUCUGCGGCGGGCGCGGGGGCGAGCUUGGCCGGCGGCUGGAGGCGUGGCUGCACGUCAGCGGGGACGGCACCGGGCGCGUAGGUCUCGAACGGCGGUGGACAGGCGAGGGGUACGAGGAUGUGGAGGUACCCCUCCGGCAGUGAACGACUCAUGUGGUGCACAUACAGUACCACAUCCGUGGUGGACUCGUGCAUAUUUUACGAAUGUUUACGUUUUCUCUUGGACAUCAUGGUCGUGUCUUGUUCGCUCACAUGCGCUCUCGUUAACUUAUGAUCUUAUCCGUCGCGAGCGUAUCAAAUGCCUCUAUGCAUGCAUCACCGUUCUGUAGUUUGGCGUAUGCCAGUGUAUUGCUGACGAAUUCUGUACCUAGACACUAUUUCUUGGUUGCAUAUGUAGUGAGUCUUUGCGCCAGCAAGCUAUUAAUGUCCACGUAAUGACUGAAACAUCCUCAA